AAUCAACAUAUUGGUCUUGCACAUUAUUCACCUUAUAUUCCAACAAAAAGUGAUACACAAUUACGACAAACAUAUGGUCAAGAAAGGUGA